UAUACACACGCCGACACGCCCAUCUACUAUAAUGCUCUCAAAUAUUCUCUUUCUUUUGUUUCUUUGUCACGUCCCUAACAUCACAUUCUGAAUCUCGCAUUCUCUGUUAAAAAGGAACCAAAAGCUUAGCUUCGCGAGUCGCGACCCUCCUCCAUGGCCACUAUUGAUGAGAGAAGACACCUAGACGCCGAGAAGCAAAGGCUUCUUAACCAACACAAAGAGAAGCACUUCACUGCAGGUGAGAUCGUCCGUGACAUCAUCAUCGGCGUAUCCGACGGGCUCACCGUUCCCUUCGCCCUAGCUGCUGGCUUGUCCGGCGCCAAUGCCACGUCCUCUAUCGUCCUCACCGCGGGCAUCGCCGAAGUCGCCGCCGGCGCCAUCUCCAUGGGACUCGGCGGGUAUCUUGCAGCAAAAAGCGAAGCCGAUCACUAUACGAGGGAACUAAAGAGAGAAGAAGAAGAAAUCAUUGCUGUUCCUGAUACAGAAGCGGCGGAGGUAGCGGAGAUACUGGCGCAGUAUGGGAUAGAGCCACAUGAAUAUGCCCCAGUUGUGAAUGCUCUAAGGAAAAAGCCCCAAGCAUGGCUCGAUUUCAUGAUGAAGUUUGAACUUGGAUUAGAGAAGCCUGAUCCAAGGAGAGCCCUGCAGAGUGCAUUCACAAUUGCCGUUGCUUACAUCCUGGGUGGAUUGGUACCCCUCAUCCCAUAUAUGUUCAUUCCCAGAGCUACAGAUGCUGUGGUGGGUUCUGUGUGCUUAACCUUAGCAGCGUUGCUAAUCUUUGGCUAUGCCAAGGGUUACUUCACCGGUAAUAAGCCCAUCAGCAGUGCCCUGCAAACUGCCCUCAUUGGAGCCAUUGCAUCGGCCGCUGCUUUUGGCAUGGCUAAGGCUGUGCAUCCAUAACCUUGUAGCUAGAUUGGAGACCUUAAGCUUGCAUCCCUUUCCAUUAUUUCAAAAUUUGGAACUUUUUCUUUGCUUUUAUGUCUAAUUCAAUCAUAGUUACUGCCAUCGCGAUA